AUGAACAUCAAGGGACUGUUCGCAUUUGCCCUCGUGGCACUCGUUGGUAUGACCAACGCUGAGACUGCUGUGCACGAAGAUCACGUUGCCCGUGAGCUUCAGGUCGCUGACUUCAGUAAAAAGCUGCUUGAUGCGGUGAACGCCAAGCGCGCUGAGAAGGGACUCAAGGCGGUUUGCAUCAACACGAAGUUGGCAAAGGCGGCUCAAGUCUUGGCUAGCGCAAGCACUACUGGGUGCUCGACCUCGCUAACGCGAAUGGCGAGACCUGUGCGUAGAGCGCCUAAAAGGCUGUCCUAUGAUCUAGUGUUGCAUGACGGGCAAUAUCUAUAUGCGAGAUAG